AUGCCUGACUCUAAGUACACAAUGCAAGGUUACAACCUUGUUAAACUAUUAAAGAGGUUAGAAGAAGCCACAGCUAGAUUGGAGGAUGUUACCAUCUAUCAAGAAGGUUAUAUUCAAAGCAAAUUAGAAGCGUCUAAAUGCAAUGACUCGUCCAACGCUGAGAAGGAAGCAUCCUCCACGAAAGGCGCUUCUACAGAGAAUGUUCCAGAAGUACAAGAAGAUCCAAAAUGCAUAACUGCGUUUCAGUCUUAUAUCACUGAGAAUAUUGAUCCUCUCGUAGAAUUAUCAGGUAAGAUUGACGCAGUAGUUUUAGAUGCCUUAGAGUUGUUAAAGGGAGGCUUCCAAUCACAGUUGACUUUCUUGAGAGCCGCUGUAAGGUCUAAAAAGCCGGACUAUUCUUCUCAAAUAUUCGCUGAUUCUUUAAGGCCUAUCAACGAAAACAUCAUUAAACUAGGUCAGUUGAAGGAAUCAAAUCGUCAAAGCAAAUACUUUGCUUAUUUGAGUGCUUUAUCUGAGGGUGCUCCUUUAUUCUCUUGGGUUGCAGUUGACACUCCAGUCUCUAUGGUCACAGAUUUCAAAGAUGCAGCACAAUUCUGGACUAAUAGAAUUUUGAAAGAAUACAGGGAAUCCGAUCCUAAUGCUGUUGAAUGGGUAAAGAAAUUUUUGGCCUCAUUUGAUAAUUUGAAAGCUUACAUCAAAGAGUAUCAUACUACCGGUGUUUCUUGGAAGAUGGACGGUAUGGAUUUUGCUGAUGCGAUGACACAGUCUACAAAGAAUAUGGUCGCAGCUUCGUCUGCUUCAUCAACAAGUGAUUCAGUGGCCCCAGCGCCUCCACCUCCCCCACCAGCGCCACCAGCUUCUGUCUUUGAAAUCUCUGAUGAUGCUUCUUCAGUUAAUAUUGACACUAAUAAGGGCGGCAUUGGUGCCGUUUUUGCUGAGCUAAAUCAAGGUGAAAAUAUUACCAAGGGUUUAAAAAAGGUAGACAAAUCCCAGCAGACCCACAAGAACCCUGAGUUACGUCAGUCAUCCACAGUUUCUUCCACAGGAAGUAAAUCUGGUCCACCACCAAGACCAAAAAAGCCAUCAACAUUAAAAACUAAGAAACCUCCUAGAAAAGAAUUAGUAGGCAAUAAGUGGUUUAUUGAGAACUACGAAAAUGAAACUGAAUCAUUGGUUAUUGAGGCCAACAAAGACGAAUCUAUCUUUAUAGGUAAGUGUACUCAAGUUCUUGUUCAGAUAAAAGGAAAAGUCAACGCUAUCUCAUUGAGUGAAACUGAGUCAUGUAGUGUCGUACUUGAUUCUAGUAUUUCUGGUAUGGAUGUUAUUAAAUCCAACAAAUUUGGCAUUCAAGUGAACCACUCUCUACCUCAAAUUUCCAUCGAUAAAUCUGACGGUGGAAAUAUAUAUUUAUCCAAAGAAUCUUUGGACACUGAAAUUUACAGUUCCUGCUCGACUGCUAUCAAUGUAAACUUACCAAUUGGUGAAGACAAUGAUUAUGUAGAAUUUCCAAUCCCUGAGCAAAUGAAGCAUACAUACGCCGAUGGUAAAUUCAAAUCGGCUGUAUUUGAACACGCCGGUUAA